AUGCAGUUUGCUUCCCAGUACCCGACCAUGGUAUCGGCCCCUCCAGGCCUCCCCAAACCACCACCAAGAUUUUGUAUCCUUUGGCCCGGUGGAAUGUGGACGCCACUUAUCCCACUUGACGAGUUGCCCGGCUGGUUGGAAUUUGGCAACUGGGGUCCGGGUUUCUCACUGGGACAGUAUCCAGUCUCAAUGACUUAUAUUCCGCGAAACAAAGAGUACGAAUUUGUCUGUCGAAACUGUUCUCACAGCGUUGAUUCCUUAGACCAAAGCAUGCCAGAGCGUGAAGCCUCAGUGGCUGGUAAUGCCAAACCUUGUCCUGCACCACCCGGCUCACCACCACCUGAGCAGUCAUCUCAUGCUUCUCUCCCUGAAUUAAUUGCGUCAAUUGCCAUAGGCUAUCCAUUUUCCAUGUUGGGACACCCACCAUUCAAUGCAGUCCUUCAAGCGCCUUUCGUGGGUAUGUGUCUGGUUGACAUGCAAACAAUGCAAUCCAACUCUACAGGAUCCAAAUCUGCAGGCGAUUCGUCUUCUCCAGGUCGACAAAUGAGUAUGGAGAAUGCUUCGCCGCCCCAUGUCUUCGGUCCGGAGAGAAUGGAUGCACAACCCGUUGCAGCUGAUCUUGCUGGUGCAGCCAGAGACUUGGGCACUUUCGGUGCUGGUAGCCCAGGUCUCUCCUUGUCUCCCUCAGAAAACAUUCACAGAUGGAAUACCUCGCAUGCUCACGGUGUGGAAUCGCCUGAAAAGCCCCAGCGUGUUAGCUCAUUACGAAGCGAGAGCGUUGCCUCCACUCGAUCUCUUACAGCCGCGGUGGCCAUCCUCCGGAUGAACAGAAUUCAAGCACGACGGCUCACUCGUGGAAGCAGUUUGUGUGCAACAAUCAGUGUCACAAGUACAGCAAGUUGUCGCUCCAUUGUCUCGAUCUCAAAAGUCUCCAAAGAUAUCAAGGGCCCUUCAAUCUCUGUGCUUUCAAAGCACAGACGCAAGGUCCAGCUGCGUCGCCGGCGUGCACAACUGAACAAGACAUCCAAAUCUCCACGAUCCACACUCUCAUUGUUGAUGCCCAAGCCAAAGCCAGAACAGCCAAAUUCAGCGACCAAGAGACGCGAUCGCCGUGAGCGUAUGAAGCGGGGAAGAAAGCAAUCCGAUCGUGGCAAACAACCAUAUUACAACAAGAUGCGAAACCCAAAUUGGAAACCGGGCAUGUCCAAGCACUGA